GAUGGACCCCAGUGCAAGUCCAUUGGAAAAGGCAGCUACAACAAUGUAAUAGUCACCAGCAGUCCCAUGACAGUUCAACAGCUGGGACCUGUUUCACUUCCUGCUAAUCAGGUUUCAACAACAUGCAACCUGAUCAACCCUAACUUACAGAGGUCUAUGGAUGUUUCCACCCUGAGUCCUUCUCCAUCAGAUACAAGGUCGCUCUUGUCACAUGAGUCUCUGGCAUCUAUGACAUUAAGCUCGUCAGAAGGUCAGUCCACUUUGAGUGUUAAGCAAGAGAGGUUGCAUGGGUACAAGACACUUCAUUCUGUUGCUCCUGACCAAGGUUUUCAAAACGGCAGUGAGCUUGGGGACUUACUAAAUUUUUCACCUGCAACAUCUGUGUCUGGUAACUGCAUAUCUAACGCAUUAUCAUCCUACUUAUAUGGCACAGAAAAUAAGCAUUCCCUUUACACUAGUCUGCACAAUUCCUCAGCCUGGUCUCAAUCAGCCUGCUCCAAAAAAAGAUCACUCCCUCUAUCUCCUCUGUCUGAUGGCAUUGGGAUUGACUUCAAUACAAUCGUCCGUACAACCCCAACCUCUCUGGUGGCCUACAUCAACAGCUCUAGGACAUCACCAGCAAAUGUCUCCCCACAGCCUGAGGUCUAUGGACAUUUUUUGGGAGUGAGAGGAAGCUGUAUACCCCAAAAUUGCUCUAUUCCAUCUGCCCAGAAACACCUCCCCAUGGCUAAUGGCAAUAUCACCUUCUCAGGGUACACUGAUAAUGGGGCUGGCGAGUACCAGCGGAUGCAGCAGCUGGAGCAAACCAGCUUGCAGACGGGCACUGCAAGUAACAUGGUGAUUCAGGCAGGCAUGCAACCUGCAGACAACCAGGUGGUGAACAUCCUGAAAGAUGGACAUCUGGAUGACUUCUCAAGCCAUACAGUUGACAUGCCUCUUCCACCUCUGCUGCCACCACCUCCUUCUCAAGGGCCACCACCACCAUACCAUGCUCACCAGCACCGGCAACCACACAACCUCCCCAGUUGCAUUCACCCAUUGGCUGUGCCUCUUUCUGCCCCAGGCUCCCUGCUUGAUGAAGACAGUGAGUCAGGCAAUUUCAAUGGCAAGUAUGGCUGUUGUUGGGUAGACUGUGGUGCACUGUAUGACCAGCAAGAGGAGCUUGUGCGGCACAUAGAGAAGAUUCAUAUAGACCAGAGGAAAGGAGAGGACUUUACUUGCUUCUGGGCAGGGUGUCCACGAAGGUACAAGCCGUUUAAUGCCCGUUAUAAACUGCUAAUUCACAUGAGAGUCCACUCAGGAGAGAAGCCAAACAAAUGCACA